AUGGCUGCGCUUUCGCUCUUAACCUCCACAGCUGCCCUUGACAGGCAGUGCGAGCGUGCAGGCUUGACAGCCCCGUGGGUCACCGCCUUGAAAGAAUCAGGGAUCACUACGUUAGGGAAGCUUAGCUAUGCUGUGACGCUUCCGGGGAAUCAACCUUCGAGUGAUGACAUGGAUGCUUUCAUCUUGACCCUCCGGCCGGGAGCGAGAAUCACCUUAGGGGACAGCUCCGCUUUGAAGCAGCUCAUCUUUGAAUCUCAGACCAUGACUGUGGCUGAGCUGAGAUCUUCGAUGCAGGCUACAGACGAGGUGCCAAGGAAACUGCCGGCAUCGGAGCGCUCCAUGCGCAUUGAUGCUCAGAAGCGUCGGCUGUCAGGAUUGCCACUGGAAGGCCCUCUCGCAGUCGCUCAUUGUGUGUAUGACAGGUUAGCAACCAUGCGUGAGAAUGAUGAAUUGAAGAGCUUUCCCAAAGCCUUGCACCUUGAUGCAAAUAAGACGGGGUUAGUGUUGAAAGAUGAAGAGGCAACGGCUGCCAUCUCUCUUGAUAGCGACCUGUCCCUGUAUCAAGCAAUGAUGAGGCGUGCCUUAGCUAUGGACUUAGUGGGCCUCGCUUCUUAUGCUUGCGUGCAGAAGUGGAAUGAGCGCCUUUUCCGCAUCAUGAGCCAGGACCCGCCUCCCGAGUUUCAGCGUGUCUCCCGUGCGCAAGUGCUGCGAGCUGACCGGCAGUGUUUCUUGGAGCUUGCUCGUGUGUGCAAUGGAAACUCGAAACCUGGUCCUGAUGGGUCCCUCCCCUUGGAUAAGGAGUUUGAAAAGCUUGAGUUCAACACUACUGUGAUGUACUUCUUGUUGCCUGUGAAAGGCCGGGGCAAGGGAGGAGGCAAGGCUGAUAAGGAUGGUAAGGAUCGUAAGCGCACAAAGACCACAAAUGAUGGUAAGAGCCCGAACAAGAAAGCCAAGAUCACGCGCGACCCGAUUCCCGAAGUUCUCAAGGGUAUGCACUCGAGAACACCAGACAACAAACCGAUCUGCUUCAACUUCAACUUGGGCAAGUGCAAGGCGUGCCAGCUUGUGUGGUUGUCUCCGAACGGUGUUACCCAGCUCUUUUGCGAUUGGCAGAGGGUGCUCUCAAGCUUCCGCGGUGAUAUCCAGUGUGAAGUGGAAAGGUGCAUUUACAUUUUUGCUCAACUGAUCAAGCACUGUGCUGAUACGGAUACCAUGUGGACCAUCGAAGCGCCCUCGCGCUCGCCCUUUUGGCAGACUUCGCUGGGUCUUGAGGUGUCUUCUUCCGCGGUUGAGGUCGACUUGAGCCGCUACGCCCCAGGUGCGCGGGGUCGCAUCAAGUUUGCAUCUUCGUGCCCUCAGGUUCUGUCUGCCAUUUCCCCGCCUGUGACGCAGCCUCCGCUUGUCAAAGCCAGCUUGGAGGCAGCUAUGGGACGCAUGUAUCGGGCUUUGGCCCUCGUCAUGCUUGAACACCUUGAUGUGGACGCUUCUAGCUUACCACCUUUGUUUGCAGCUCAGGUUGGCACAGGUAAGCAACCUCGCAAGCCUCUGCUUGCACCAGUGCCAGAGUUCAAAUACUUUGUUCGUGUGACCUUGAGUGCAGUGCCCAUGUUGGAUAACAAGCGUCGGCUUCUUCAGCCCUUGCGUGUGCAUGAUGUAGUUGUGCCUGCUGGAGCCAAGUUGCUCCCCCCUCUUUACUUCACCGCUGCUGAGUCUGUGAAGGGGGUGUGUCUGCCAGUCAGCGGUGACAAAUCUUCCGAUACACUGUUAGCCGCUGGUGAGAGCCCUCCCGCGGCUGCAAUUGCAGAUGACAGGAAAGCGACGUCCUCCCCUAGGGUUUCCCUGCCUGUUCCUCCUCCCCCUUUGGGUUUAGUGGAUGGCUCGCCUUCUCCUUUUGGUUUAGCCGUGCCUGGCCCAGGUAGUAGAGCUGCCGCGAUAACCGUGACCAGUGCAGCUGAAGCGCUAGCGGCGGACUUGUGCGACACUCCUACGCAAGCACAGCUGCUGCAGGUUUUCGACACGUUACCAGCAGAAACUCCAGCAAGGGGUGUCAAGGACGCGCGGGAGAAGGCCUGGUCCGCUGGUGCCUACUCCCAGGGUACUUUGUGUGGCUUACGAAAGAACACCAAGCUUUUUCCGAAUGCCGUUCGGCUAGCUGUGAGGCUCCUGCGUUCCCGUUUUCCUCAUGCCACGUUUGCCACGGUGGCAAUAUACUCCAAUGUGUGCACUCCGAUGCAUCGGGAUGCCAAUAACUUGGAUGGGAGUUCCAACUAUGUGAUGGCCCUGACAGACUUUGCGAAAGGGGGCAUUUGGGUACAGGAUGAUGAGGGUCAGCAUGUAAGGGCCACGCCCCUUGGAAAGGCUACUGGUCGUGUCCUGCAAGUGUGCGACAACCCUGUGGAGUUCGAUGCACAUUGCUUUCACUGCACUUUGCCUUGGGAGGGCUCUAGAGUCGUGUUGAUCGGAUUCACACCCAGUCGGGUCGGUUCUCUAAAGAAGGAUGAUGUGCGUGUCUUACGGGACUUAGGCUUUCCUUUGCCUGGCCACCCUAUGCCGGUCUCUUGUGCAACAACGACGUGCCCCCCGGCUCACCAGACCGAGUGUGGGGAAACUGAUCCUGUGGCCACGCCUGUGCAGCCGACUGUGGUCACCUGUUCGGAGGCAACGUGCCCUCCUGACCAGCCGUGCAAGAGUGGGGAAACUGAGUCUGUAGCCGAGCCUGUGCAGCAGACUCAUCAUGCAACCUUUGGGGUUCCCUUUGAUGAGAGUGAGUUCGUGCGCGCUGCUGUGCGAGCAGGGCAUCCCAGCUCUUCACUUUCCUCACUGCCGGACCACCUUGAGUCAUGUGUGGAUAUGCUUGCUAAGGCUCCGCCACAUGCUGUGGUAGACAAGAGGAGGAGUUGGCUUGACAAGUGGACAAAACGUGCGUGUGAAAUUGAUCGUGACCCAGAUCCUUCGUGGGACAUCGAUGACCCGCACAUGAAACGUGUCCUUUGCAAAAAGCGUCUGCAGCUGCUUGAUGAAAUCAUUGCCGCCGAGGGCUAUGAUGAUGUAAACCUUGCUAGGGAUAUCUGGGCGGGCUUCGACUUAGUGGGUACUUCGCCUGUAUCCAAUGUUCUGCCAGGCAAGGUUACUCCGGCCUCAUUGCAUCCCGAUGACCUGUGUGCUGCAGCCCCUCGGGCCAAUGAGGCGCUCAAGGUCUCCUUGGGUUCCUCCGGUGAUAGGGAGAAGGACAUCUUGUUGUGGGAAAAGACGAUGAAAGAGGUUGACUCAGGCUGGCUUCUGGGACCUUUCGACUGGGACUCCUUGCCGCAGGAACAUGUUGUAUCCCACAGAUUCCCUCUGCUGCAGAGUGGAAAGCUGCGUCCCAUCGACGACUACAGCAGGAGCGGUGUAAACUCUUGUGUGACGACUUUGGAGCAGCCCACUGUGGAUACUGCAGAUGUAGCAGCUGCUAUGUUCGUCAGGUUGUGCACGAAGCUUCGCGAUUCUAAGAAACCCUCGUGGAUCAAGGGUCGUGCCUUUGACUUGACGGCUGCUUACCGCCAAUUGUGCGUAGCCUUAAGCUCGCGCCGCUUUGCUGUCAUUGCCGUAUAUGACCCACACCAGCAAAGGACCAUGCUAUUCACUCAGGUCUGCCUCCCCUUUGGAUCGCGGGCUUCAGUGAAUGGCUUCAUCAGGUGCUCCAGGUGCAUCCAAUGGCUUGCCAAUCGUUGCUUGCUUGUGCCCACUACCUCUUACUAUGAUGAUUUCAUUGUCGCAUCACCCGAUUGUCUUGCCGACAACACGGGUGCAACAAUGGAACUGCUGUUCCAACUCCUUGGUUGGGCCUUCGACAUGGAGGGGCCCAAGGCUGAUGUGUUUUCCCGGCAAGUGUCUGCGCUGGGACUUCGCUUUGACUUGGAGAAUACCGGCGACUGCGUGGUCACUGUUGACAACACGGAGAAACGUAAAGGCGACAUUCGUGCUUUUGUGACUCGCAUCCUUGAUGAAGGUGUGUUGCCUUACAAAGAAGGUCUUGAGCUGAGAGGCAAGCUCUCCUUUGCGAAUUCUCAAGUCAUGGGGAAAGCGGGCCAUUACGCUCUCAAGCACAUCAGUUCCCAUGUUCACGCCUGGCCUUUUGUGCCCAAGCUAUCCGAUCCCGCUCGGGAAGCUCUUAGUUUUCUACUUGAUCGUGUGUUGCAUGGGGCCCCGAGGCGCAUCACAAGAUCGUUGGGGCAGCCCUGGUUUGUCUUCACAGAUGCAAGCUUUGAGCCUGACUUCACUGGGGGUCUAGGGGGCGUUCUAAUCUCUCCUUUGGGUUCGGUUGUUAGUUGGUUCGGCCUGCCCUUAAGCGAGAGCGAUAUUCGCCCUUUGAUUCCAGUGGAUGCCAUCACGGGUAUCGGCGAGUUGGAAACUGUCGCAGUGGUGGUGGCCUUCAUGCUUUGGAGCCAGCACCUUGCGUCUUCAGAUUGCAUGGCAUAUCUUGACAAUGAGGGUGCACGCUUUGCUCUGAUAAAGGGCUACUCAGCUUCGUGGGCCGUCACCAGAGUCUGUCACGUCUUUGCCAGGACUUGUGAACAGAGUACCCUUUUGCCCUGGUGUGCGCGUGUGCCAUCGAGCAGCAACAUUGCUGAUGCACCGAGUCGUAGCAUUGCUUGCGAUCUUUUGCCACAGGACCGAGUUGCCGAUGUGUCCUCAGUCGCUGCCACAUACCGGGAUAUCGUGCAACAAGUCAUAACUCUUUCCUAA